GAGUUUUGUGCUUUCAUUUUGUUGAAGCUGAUAAUCUUCGGAAAGUUUAGGCCCAGCGAACAAAAUACUUAAGCUGAUAUCAAAGUUGCUUACAAAUGUAUGGAAGAGAACUAUGGAGCAAAGCAGGAGAACAUUAUCAUCUAUCAAUCUAACGAAUAGUGCAAAAGGAAAGAAAGGACUUGAGAAGAGGGAGGGAGUUAAAGGUCCUUUUCGGGCAGAGAGUAAACAAAAGCGGGGACGUUACUUACGUGUUAAAGCUUCAGGAAAUCUCCAACAACGCGAUCCUCUCUUCUCCUCUCCUCAACAAGAAGAAGAAGAAGAAGCGAUUCAAAUGGACAGCAACAAUGGGAGUCAAGAGAUGAGUGUGCCUGUAGAAGGGGUUGCUGGUGGAGGCACAGCUUACGGGUUUAACGACGGCGGUCUUAAUUCACAGCCUCUUAAACAAUCUACGGACCCCACAGAGGUUCCUACUUCUGAUUUGGUUCACGUCUGGUGUAUGCCCAAUACUCUUAACGUCGGUUCCCAAGAAACGCCUCGACCUCUAGAAACUAUAAACCUUUUGGCCGCUAGAAACGAGAGAGAAAGUUUUCAGAUUGCCAUGCGUCCCAAAGUUUCUUGGGCUGGCUCUACCCCUUCCGGGAGUGUUCAGGUUCAGUGCACUGACUUAUGCUCUUCAGCUGGGGACAGAUUGGUUGUUGGCCAGUCCCUAAAGUUGCGGCGAGUGGUGCCUGUCUUAGGUGUUCCUGACGCUCUGGUGCCUCUUGAUUUGCCUCUUACUCAACUUAGCUUACUUCCAGGAGAAACAAGUGUGAUUUGGGUCUCAAUAGACGUUCCUAAUGGGCAGCCUCCUGGUCAAUAUGAAGGAGAGAUUACUGUUUCUGCAAUGAAGACGGAUGGAGGCUGUUCUGAUAACUUGGGAAAGCAUGAGAAGGAUCAGCUAUGUAUGGAACUUAAGAACUGUCUGGAUAUUAUGGAACCGAUAGAAGGAAAACCCAUGGACGAAGUGGUAGAAAGAAUAAAAUGUGCAAGUUCGUCAUUAAGAAGAAUUCUAUUCUCUCCAUCAUUCACGGAGUUCAUUUCUACAAAUGGAUCCUCUGAUAUGAUGGAAGAAGAUGUUGUGUCAAACCUUGCAGUGCGUAUUAAGCUAAGAUUGACAGUUUGGGAAUUUAUUAUUCCAGUGACUCCAUCACUCCCCGCUGUCAUCGGCGUCUCUGAUACUGUAAUAGAGGAUCGUUUUGGUGUUGAACAUGGAAGUGAAAAGUGGUACGAGAAACUGGAUCUUCAUUUCAAGUGGCUUCUUCAGUAUCGGAUCAGUCCAUACUUCUGCAAAUGGGGUGAAAAUAUGCGUGUCUUGACAUACACCUCACCAUGGCCUGCCGAUCAUCCCAAGUCUGAUGAAUAUUUCUCUGAUCCAAGGCUUGCGGCUUAUGCAGUACCUUAUAGACAAGUUAUAGCAGGGGAUGAUUCAAGGGAAAUUUACCUGCGGAAAGAAGUUGAGAUAUUGAGGAGUAAACCCCACUGGAAUAAAGCUUACUUUUACUUGUGGGAUGAGCCACUGAAUAUGGAUCACUUUCAUAACGUUCGCAAGAUGGCUAGUGAAAUUUACGCCUAUGCCCCGGAUGCCCGGGUUUUGACUACUUACUACUGUGGUCCGGGUGAUGCGCCUCUUGCACCAACGCCCUUUGAAUCUUUUGUCAAAGUUCCAAAUCUGCUUCGACCCCAUACUCAGAUAUACUGCACAAGUGAAUGGGUGCUUGGUAACCGGGAAGAUUUGGUGAAAGAUAUUGUGGAGGGAUUGCAGUUAGAGAAUCGUGAGGAAUGGUGGACAUACAUAUGCCUUGGACCUACAGAUCCUCACCCAAAUUGGCACUUAGGGAUGCGUGGGACGCAGCACCGUGCAGUGAUGUGGCGUGUGUGGAAAGAAGGUGGAACGGGGUUCUUGUACUGGGGUGCAAACUGCUAUGAGAAGGCAACCGUUCCAAGCGCUGAGGUAAGGUUUAGGCGCGGCCUUCCUCCUGGUGAUGGUGUUCUUUACUACCCGGGUGAAGUUUUCUCAUCAUCCUCAGAGCCAGUUGCUUCACUUAGGCUUGAGCGUCUUCUUAGUGGCUUACAGGAUUAUGAGUACUUGAAGCUGUACGAGUCAAAAUACGGAAGAGAGGAAGCAAUGGGGCUGUUGGAGAAGACAGGGGUGUACAUGGGGCCUGAGCGAUACACUUUGGAACAUAGACCAAUCGAUGUAUUGCGGGGAGAAGUGUACAACGCAUGUAGACCUUCUUAGAGUAAUGUUAUGAGAACGUUUUUGUAUCUACUACCUAUACAGACGCUUCGUCGAUUACGCCUACUUUAUAAUAUAAUAUAUAGAACAAGAAUAAAGUCUUAGAAAAAUCCAGUUUGUUCAAAAAAAAAAGUUUGCUAAAAAAAAGUGAAUUAGUAAAAUGUAUAUAGUAGAAGGCGAAUUAAGAAUAGUCAUGCAUCAUAUUUGUAACAAUUUGACAUCGAAAUGAACAAAUUUUUCUUUCCUGCGCAUGGCUAUUUGUUAAUACAAUAUGUGAUAGUACAGAAUAAUCAAUUCAUAGCAAUAAUAAACAGAGAGAUUUAUAGCAAUAACAUAUCGAGAGAAAGGCUCGACAAAUUUAAAAAUUUUGAACUACAGGUGGAUAUUUCUAACAAACCUUGAAUCCUGACAUAGGUGUGAACCAUAUGAUACAUAGCCGAGAACAAAUGUGUAUGACUUCUUACAUGCGUAAAGACUCUUCUCAAUCAAAAUAGCUAAAUAGUUAUCCACAAUUGAGGACGACCAUACCUGAGUUAGAGCAUCUCCAACCCAACCUCAAAUCCUCAAAACUAUCUUCUAUUUUCUUUUUAGUUUUUAUAAUUAUUUAUUUUAAUAAAUACAUAUACUAAACUUAAUUUAGAAUAGUUUAAGUACACCAAAAUAAAAUAAAAUAAAAUAAAUAUUACAUAACAUUAAAAUAAAGUUUAAACAAUAUAAAAAUACAUAAAAUAAAAUUCAUACAAAAGAAAAAUACAUAAAAUAAAGUUCAUACAAAAUAAAAAUAAAUUAAACAAACUUAGCACAAAUUAAAGCAAAUUA